AAGACGGGCUUUACUUUCCUUGUCUCCGCAUCCAAAAUGUCCUCAGCAUCACCCCAUCCCACCCUUAUCGCUUCGGUUCCACUCCAUCCCACAUCGCACCUCCGCGCGCUCAUAGACUGCCCCAGCGCGGAAGCACUCAAGCCCGCGGCGCUCCCGAACUCGGACCCUUCGCGUUCGUUCUGGCUGCACUCGUCGCCCGACGCGAACAGGCUCGCGCACGAGGGGAGCGAAGGCCCGCUGAGCACAGAUGAGGCGGACAUCAUCAUCAUCGGCUCGGGGCUGACUGGGGUUGGCGUGGCGUACUGGCUUGUUAACGGGCUUGCCGACGCAGCAGAUGGGGAUGGGAAGGAGCCGUUGAAGGUGGUUGUGCUCGAGGCGAGGGAGUUUUGUGGAGGUGCGACAGGCCGCAACGGCGGGCACCUCAUUCCGUUCAAGUUUCUCGCCUUCGAGUCGCGGCAGAAGAAACUCGGUACUGAGGAAGCGGUUGCCUCUCGCGCGCUUGAAGAGUACUCGGCGCGCUCGCUCGUAGACGUGCUCACGCGGAAUGGGCGCGGGGAUGCGGUGGAUCUUGUCAAGAACGGGGCGACUAUAGUUCUUGCUACGCAGGCGGAGGUCGAUCAGGCGAAGCGCGACUUUGAGGCAGCGAAGGAGGCUGGGGUGGAUGUGGGCGGAGUGAGGUGGUUUACGAAGGAGGAGAUGGAGAAGGUUUACGGAGUCCCAUACGAAGCCCUCCAACUCCCCGCACACAACCUUUGGCCCCAAAAAGCCGUCACAGAGCUUUACGAACUCGCACAAGCCCGCGCGCAUUCAGCGUCAUCCAGAGUCUCCCUCGCGUUGCACACAUACACGCCCGUGACGCAGAUCGCGCUCGCUCCUCCAGGAAGCAAGCACCCCAGCGUCGUACACACGCCACGCGGGGCAAUAUCGGCGACGCGCAUAGUACAUGCGACGAACGGGUACGCGUCGCACCUUUUGCCGUUCAUCAUGAACGGGCCCGAGGCGAUCUUCGGCGUACGUGCGCAGAUCGCGAGCAUUCGCGCGAAUGUGGGGACAGACGAGGCGUUCAAUGGAUCGGAGUCGUCGUGGGCUGUUAAUGAUACUUCCGAAUACUGGUUUCCGCGCCCGCAUGGUGCCGACCCGGGGGACAAAUCGAAAGCGCUCGCGAUCGUGGGCGGCGGGCGCGAGUGUGCACUUGGGCCGACUGUCGGCGUGUACGACGACUCGAUACUCGACCAGGGCGUGGGGAGGGCGCUGAGAGAGGUGUUACCGGCGCUGUUCCCGGGCAAGUUUGAAGAGGGGCGGGAGCCUGAGAUGGAAUGGAGUGGGAUCAUGGGAUAUACGAAGAGGGGCACACCUUAUGUCGGGCCGGUCAUCGACCCCUCGGACCCAUCCUCGGCGAGCAAAUACACAGGACAAUACAUCUCGGCGGGGUACACAGGGCAUGGCAUGCCACGCGCGUUCUCUUGUGCUGAAGCUACUGCGAGCAUGAUCCUGUCCGAAAUCACUGGCCGAGAGUGGGUGAAGCCGGAGUGGCUGCCGAAGAUGUGGUUGACGUCGGAGAGGUUUAAGCCGGGAUAUGGUGUUGCGUAGACUCCUUCUUUCAGUGUGACAUGGUUUCGGACGACAGGACGGUUUUAGCAUAUUGACGAAUCUUCUGCUUCUCGGUGUAUGCGAGAUUCGUUUUCAAGUGGCCUCGGCCAGUUCGUGGCUGGCAGCCUGAGAGUUGUGUCCCAGGUGGCAGGGACCAGGGCGG